AGCAGUUUUCUCUGUCGGCCUACACAAUCGACCGAGGGACUCCAUUAGAUAAGUGUUCAGUUGGUCAGUGAGGUCAUUUGCCGCAUCCAAGUCACUUGUGCUCAAAAUUCAACAGCUUCCGAACUUCAGAACGAAAUUUCGAAUUCUAGAACUGUCUUUUCGAAUUCAAGAACGAGUUUUGGAAAAGUGUGCUUCGAAUUUCGAAACGUUUUCAAAAAGUAUACGAAUGUGUGAAAACAAUUGAAGAUCGUUCGGUUUUUAAAAAUAAAUCGGGGAGUUUUAGGAUUGUUGUAGUUAUAUUUGUAUGAAAAAAAAAACAAUGUUUUGUGAAGUCCCAGAUUUCGGUAGGUGUUGCUUCUGCCUACCCCUCAGGAGAGGUGUGCUGUUGUUCGGAUACAUAAAUGUCUUAUUCUCAGCGUUUAUGGUAGGCGUGUACGCAUAUUGCGUGAACGGGUGCGAGAGCAACAACUUCCAGCUGAUCUACCGCGGCGUCACCACUGACAGCGUCGCCGGCGUCUGCAUCGCCGUCUACUGCGCUGAGAUCAUCGUCAACUGCCUGCUGGUCUACGGGGCGCACGAGAAAAUAAUAAUCUGCCUGAAGAUAUUCUACUACUACUCGAUCUCCACCACGCUGGCUGCGGUGGUACUCGAGGUGGUGGAGUUUGCCAAUGCUGCCCACCUGGGACGGGUACUGGAGAUGGGCAUUCUCACCUUCACUGGAUUAUGCAUCCAGCUCUAUCUGAUAUGCCUGGUGAGGAGCCUGCUCAAUAAGUUGGUGACUGCUGGACCUCACUCCUACGACAACCAGCUCCACACCAUCGUCUCCGGGGAAACCAAGAUUGACAACGGCAUCUACAAUAACAGCACUGUUGUUCCCAAUGUGUAGACUGAACAUAAAAGCAAAGAGGAAUUGGCGAUAGUUUAUGUACGGUCACGAGUACUAAUAUGUAUACGGUCACGAGCAUUAACAUGUAUACACUUUGGUACCAUGUCACAUUAACUUUUUUGACAAAUUGAACUGUAAGUCUCACUAAAUGUCAAAUAUGUUAGUGCGACAGAGUCCUAAAGUGGGUACAUUAUAUUGCUCAUGACUGUACACUUUGCAACCAUGUCACAUUAACUUUUUUGACAAAUUAAACCGUAAUCCUCAUUAAAUGUCAAAUAUGAUAGUGCGACAGGGCGCUAAAGUGGGUACAUGAUAUUGCUCAUGACUGUACACUUGUGGACAAAAAAAUCGACUUAAUUUCUGAUGCCGGGUUUUUAAUAUUUGUCAACAAAAAUAAGAAAGCAAGAGAGGUCAGAAACAAAUGAAAUUCCAUAGUCUCUUACCCCGGUGGGAAAUAGGCGUGAGUUUAUGUAUGUAUGUCGAUUUUAUUGUUCACCUGUAAAGGUCUUGCAACUGAGGAUUGAAGAAUGAAGUACAUUUUCUGAUUAUAAUUAAUAGUGUUUUUGAUUAUGAGAGGAGACAUUGAUUUCAGUAACAAAGGUCUUUGAAACAAGCUGGAAGCCAUUUUAGAUAUUAAACAAAAGAAAAAGGUUUUGAUACUUUUUAAUUUAUUAAAGAGCAUGGGAAAUACGCGUAGAUGAGUUAGACAAGUUUUUACGUUUAUCUAUGACAAACGACAACGAAAGUAAUAAAAAUGUAUGAAAGAGUGAAUCACCUUAAGUCAAUGCCAUAGAUACAUUUUUAACCAGGCUAACUUUUUAUAUCACAGAGAUAACCUUUAUAACAUACCCUAAAAAAAUAAGUAAAACCAUAGAAUAAAGAAUACGUAUAAAACGGCAAAUCUCCGCUCCCCACCAGCGUCUGAGCUAGGUUUACCUCACCCCCCUCGAACAUAGUUUAGACUUGAAUCGUACGGCGUCAGACGUCACACACACAGAUGCGUGUACGAUAACGUCAAUGUGUAGUGUCUGUGUAAAACAAGGUUGUUUGUAUGAAGUGUCCGGGGUGUGGUAAAACUUAGGUUGUCAUAAAAAUCAUCAUCAUCAUCAAAUUAAAAGCCACGCUCUUGUCGGUGCAGCAUUUUCCGUGCUACUUUUUUAGGGAAAAAUAGGGCAGUGGUUUCCCUCUUGCCUUUUCUUGUCAUAAAAAUAACUGAUUUUUUUUAAUACUUAUCGGUAAAAAAAUCAAGCGAGACAGAGGACAAACUUUCAAAAAACGAACAUGCAGGUUGUUUAGUUGGAAUCUUUAUUUUUCGGAUAAACAAAAAAAAAAUUAAUUUUAUGAGUAAAAUUAUCAUGGUUGGUCGGCACAUGCUGUGAUAUUAAGAUUAAGACCAAAUUAUUAAUAAUAUUUAUUAAUUUCUCUUAAAAAUCUUAUGAAUCUCGUGAACUAUAAGUGAAAAAAAUAUUAUAAUAUAUCUAAUAAAUAUUCAUUAUUA